GGCUGGACUUCAGGUGCUCAAAAAACGAUUUAUUCAGUUCUAGACGUUAAGCUGAAGAAAAAAGACCAUUGCACAUAUGAUUUAUGUCAGAGGAGAGAUGAGAGGAGGAGUCUUUACGCAUUCUCUGGGACUAAACCUUAACGCAGUUUUAUCGCAGAUCAACUUGCGGAGAUGUCGCUGUUUUUCUUUCCUGUCUUAUCUGGACAGUUUGAGGCGGAGAAGCUGCGUCCUGGCAGGUGGGCGUCGCGUGCAGGUCAGCCUUAAAAGCAGCAGACGCACCCUCCUCUUCAGCAGGAAGAGCUGGGUUGCGGCUGGAGGGACAGGUUAUGACGGAGCCGUGAUUCAAUCUAAGUCAAUGAAAACAUUGGAUUAUCCGCACAUUAGCGUCAAACCGGUUUCUUUUUAAACAAACGUUUCCGAAAACGAGGGUCGCAAUGGAGCCCAAAACCGCUGUGAGUGAGAAGUUUUUCAUCGUGAAGCGGGGAAAGUCGAGGAAAGGAUGUAUCGGUCGCGUGGAGGCGGAGACGCCGCACGGGGAGAUGAUAGGGCUCCUGUACAGCGGAGGCAGCAACGCGGGGACCCCGAAGAAAGGGGCAGUGCUGAAGAAGGAAGACACGCACCCACUGACACGCCACCAGGCUCAGCUCCUGCUCUUCGUUUCCAGCCCCAGUAAACGCCUGGAGCUGCUAUGCAGCCCGCAGCUCUUCCUGGCCAUCUGUGGGCUGUCCCAGGAUGACCUGGUGGUGGUAAAACACAGGAAGGGAUACCUCCCUGGGCUGGUGAAAAACCUCAUGCAAGUUGUGAAGAAGGAAUGCAAAGAAGAUCUGCACAUGCUUGCCUUCGAGGUGGAAUUUCUGGAGGGUGAUGGUGACCAUAAAGUAUCACCCAUGAAACCUCCUCUCCCACUUUUCAGCGCUGCAGACAUCAUCCAGGUGGUCCCAGCUAACUCGGUCCCCCUUGGACUGCACUGGCGAGAUGGCAAAGGUGAGGGUUUAAACAGAAAAGCUGUGACACGCGUCAAGUCCAUGCCAAGUGUUGGAUGUCAUGCACGACAGAUUACAGAGACACACACGCAGCCAAGAGUCAUUCAGAACCGACAGCUGAGCAUCUCGCAUGCACCUCUGGAGGUUGGAUCCAUGGUAGAGGUGGCUUCCAACUCUGGGAUUAUUGUGUAUGGAGUGAUCCGGUGGUUGGGGACCCCAGGAGGACAGACCGAUGAAUGGGCUGGGAUUGAGUUGGACUAUGAAGUGAACGGCUGCUCUGAUGGGAUACACAAAGACCAGAGGUAUUUCACCUGCAAAGGGAACAGGGCUUUGUUUAUUCCUAUCACAAAGUGCAGCCCUGACAGCAGGUUCGUCUGCUCCUCCACAGAAAGGGAGACCCUCAAACCCAUCAAAACACCUCCAGUUCCUCUGUACGAAGACUCGGGCGAGGACGCACCACCUGUCCCCGAAACAGAGGCGCUGCCGUUGUUAGUGGGGAGAAUGAAGGGAAUACAGGGUCACAUUAAUUCUUGUUAUCUGGAUGCAACACUCUUCAGUUUGUUCAGUUCAUCUGCGGCUGUUGAUUGUAUCUGCCGGAAGCUUGCUGACACAGAGCGACCCAUAACCUGCACUCUGAGAGCGAUUGUCAACUGUUUACGCAGACAGGGGUUCGUACCUGCAGAGAGUGUGAUGAAUCUUCGUAAACAGCUUGGCUGUGACACCUUUAGGAAAGAUGAAAAAGACCCAGAGGAGUUUAUCACAGUCCUCUUUCAGAAGGUGCUUUGCAUGGAGCCGCUGCUCAAGCUCAGAUCAGAAGGGGGGAUUUCUCAAGGAGCCUACACCCUCCAGAUCUUUCUGGAAAAAGAGCAGAUACGACAGAUGCCCACCGUCCAGCAGCUGCUGGACACAUCCUGCUUGUCAGCUGACCUCAAAUUUGAAACGAUGCCAUCCUGUUUAAUUAUUCAGAUGCCAAGAUUUGGAAACAAAUAUAAGAUGUUUCCUUACAUCAUUCCCUCCGUGGAGCUGGAUGUCACAGAUCUCCUGUACAGCUCUCCUAGGGAAUGCUUCAUCUGUGGACAUUUAGCAGAGUUUGAGUGUCUUCAGUGUCUACCAGAUCGCAAACUGCAACCAGGAAGAAUCAAACAGUUCUGCACAACCUGUUGCACACAGAUGCACCGCCAUCCUGCACGGUGUGGCCACUCUCCCAGGGCGCUAACGGUACCAGCAGACGUUGCAGCUGAUGCUCCCGCAGCCAAGCGCUCGAUGCAGCUGUUUGCUGUGCUCUGCAUUCAAACCAGCCACUACGUCUCCUUUGUCAAAUACGGCCCUGCUCCUCACUCGUGGCUUUUCUUUGACAGCAUGGCAGACAGAUGCGGUGACGACCAAAGUGGCUACAACAUACCUGAGAUCCGUGCCUGUCCUGAACUUGGUGACUUCUUGUGCCAGUCAGAGGAGGAAUUGGUCCGGGCUAACCCGUCUCAGACCCCUGAGCUGGUGCGAAGGCUGCUGUGUGACUCUUACAUGUUUUUAUACCACAACCCGGCCACGGCACUUUCAAAUCCAAACAACGGAGAACCCUAAAUGCAGUUUGAGGACGAGGACAUUGUGUUCCAUAACAAUGGCUUUAAAAACCUGAAAUCUCUACUUAGUCAGCCUUAAAGCACUUUAUCAUAUCCUGACAGCAGGAACUGAAAUGGAUCCUUGUAACGACAGAGGAGAAAAUGUAUACUACUGUUCAGAAAUCUGAGUUUUAUUGAUAUGUAGAGGAAAGAAAACCAAAGCAAAGGCCUUAUGACAUUGUGGUUAUUUCUGCUAAUAUUACUGAAGGAAAUUUUAGUUUUGUUUUUUGUUUGUUUGUUUAUUUGCCUCUUCUUUGGCAAAUUAAAGUUAGGUCAAUUCAAGCUCUUGAUAAUGUGUGUGUAGGACUUUAUAAUAUGAACUAACAUGAAUGAACCGCAUCCCCUCCUAUUCACAAACCAUGUGCAACAGCUAUGUCAUGAAGGAAAAAGUCUAGAAUGCUAUGUUUGCUUCUAUUAUUUACUGUAAAUAAGGCUGUGCCCUGUUCUCACCAAAGCUCAUUUCUUGAUAUUUAAUAGUUUGAUUAAAACAUAAAACAUUG